AUUCAAUAAUCGAAAAGUAGGUUAAUCGGUUAAAAAUUAAUCGAAUAAUUUUGCAAAUAAUCGAAUAACUCGAUUGAUCGAGAAGUAAACGGACAUCACUACUUAUCUCGCCAUAUGGCAACAUUGCUCACCAAAAUGGUAUUUAUUUGUCAUGCCGGGUAAUUUUAUUCAAUAAAUUGACAAUUUAGUGUUUGGUUAUAUUAAAAUUGAACAUUGAAAUUGUGCUUUCAUCACAGAAGUUAAUUAUAACAGCUGCUCUAAUUUGCUUUCUAACCAUAUGGCCAAAACAAGCACUUUUGUGUUUUGGAAGAGCUUAGGGUGGGCACCUUUUGCAAGUUAUGAAAGUUUUCGAAAAACGAUGUUUCCCAACUAACUAUCUGACGGAAAGGCAAAUGCUUAGCCAAAAUGCAACUUUAGUUACUUUGGUUGUACUAUGCGAAGUUCUUCCAUUAGUAAUAUUUUCGUCCUGAAAGAACCGGAAAGAAAAGUGGUAAGCUGUAUUACCAAAAAACGGGCCCUAGACGGGGUCACUAAUAUCAUACAUAGGAUUGCCAUAAAACAUAUUGGUUAUAAUAGACGAAAGCCCAAAGUGACCAAAGGCCAAAGCUCCGUUGCGGGACAUCAAUUGGCAGAAAAAUGCUGUUGGAGGAAGGGGGUAUUGUGGAUCUCGUAAUUACCGAAGUGAUAAUGUUCGGUACAGUUAUGCUUUUGGUUACCAGAAAUUCGUCAAUUAGAGUGAAAAAUAAAUCCAGCAAAAAUUAUCAAGAUAAACUAUCAACUUCUCUUAGUAAGGAAGAGCAACUGUACAUGUUUUACAAUAAAGAUGCAAAUCAUAUAAAUAACAAGCCUUACAAGUCGUUCAACAACAAUGCUGCGUUGAGAAAUACCGAAAACAAAGACGACUUUAGAGCUAUGUCAGUUGCUAGUCUGUAUGAAGGAGAUACUGUUGUAAUGAAUACUAUCAGGUCAGACGACAGUAAAUCCAUAAGUUUAUCUGCAGACUCCGAGAAUGAAAACGAUGCGAUUAUAUCAUCCGCUUCCAAACACUCGAAAAUAAGUUCUCACAUGCCACCUUAUAACAACCCCGAUGAGUGUCCAUGUAAUCCCUAUGAAGAAACAACUUCGAUUAAUAAUUCGCUUUAUUUCACGGACGGUUUGCGAUCUGUAGAUUUUGUAUUGGUUUGGAAAGAUGCUCCGGAGGAACAAAAUCAUUUGGAGGAAUCAAGACAAAAAAAAAGACACGUUUUCGAAGAAAACCUAGUUAGGGAUGGUUUGCAGCUAGAACUUGAAACAGUGGAAAAUGAAAUCCAUUUUAUAAAGAUUCAUGCACCGAUCGAAGUAUUGCGAAGAUAUAGCGAAAUAUUAAAAUUGCGAAUGCCGAUGAAAGAAUCUUUAUGCAUAGUUACGAGUUCUGAUAAGCUGAGUAAACUGGCAGGUGCAGCACAAUUUUUCAAACAGAUUCCUGGAAUGGCCGGUGUUAAAUCUCGCACAAAAUCCAUUCUAACGCGUCUGAAAGGAAUUGCUGGAAAAUUAGCCCAACGAAUUUUAGUCGAAGAAAAAUAUUUUCCGCCGCGAUCCCAUCGAUUCACAGCUGUCUAUAGCAGAGAUAAGGAGUACUUAUUCGACCUUAAACAAGCUUGCUUUUUUACCGCAGCUGUUCGUUCACGUAUAGUGCAAUUUAUUCUGGAUCGAAAACGGUUUUCAGAUGAUUCAAAAAAAUACUACGCAUUCGGCAUUGAGCGCUUAAUAACUGAUGAAGUUUACAUUGCUGGUUACCCGUUGCACGACGGUGAAACAAAUGUUCCUGGUAGUAUGAGGCACCUUUUAUAUAACAAGUGGGCGGCUGUGAUGAAGUGGUAUCGAUAUCAACCCUUAGAUUACAUAAAGGACUAUUUUGGCGUAAAAAUUGGUUUAUAUUUUGCCUGGUUAGGCUAUUAUACGUAUAUGCUGCUUCUUGCUUCCAUAGUGGGAAUUAUUUGUUUCAUUUACUCGUGGAAGACUCUGAAAUCCAAUAUUCCCAGUGAAGAGAUUUGUUCUUCGAACAAUGACAUUAAAAUGUGCCCGCUAUGUGACCACUGGUGUGAUUAUUGGCAGCUGAAAGAAACCUGUUUGCAUGCUCGUGUAACUUACUUAUUCGACAAUCCAACAACAGUGCUCUUUGCUGUAUUUAUGUCUUUCUGGGCUACAUUAUUUCUUGAGUUAUGGAAACGCUACUCCGCUGAAAUUACUCACCGGUGGGAUUUGACCGGAUUUGAUAUUUAUGAAGAGCAUCCCCGUCCUCAGUAUUUGGCGAGAUUAUCUCAUGUUCGUAGAAAAAAAAUCAAUGCUGUAACGAACACCGAAGAACCGCAAGUUCCUUUUUGGCGCAUGAAACUCCCCGCUACAAUUCUUAGUUUUUCCGUCGUGUUACUGUUGGUAUGCCUUGCUAUUGUAGCUGUACUGGCUGUGGUGCUUUAUAGGAUGUCAAUACUUGCCACCUUGAGCGUAUAUGGUGAUGAAGUUACUACCUCUAUUGCAAUUUUGUUCACAACGGCCACGGCGGCCACCAUAAAUUUAUGUCUUAUUGUGGUUUUUAAUUGGAUUUAUACUUAUCUUGCCGAGUGGUUAACCGAGAGAGAACUAUUGAGAACACAGACCGAAUUCGAUGAUUCCUUGACUCUUAAAAUAUACCUUCUACAGUUCGUUAAUUACUAUGCUUCAAUCUUCUACAUAGCGUUUUUUAAAGGUAAAUUCAUUGGAUAUCCAGGAAACUACAAUCGGUUUUUUAACUUCAGACAAGAAGAGUGUGGUUUUGGCGGCUGCUUAAUGGAGCUUUGCAUACAGCUCGGUAUCAUUAUGAUUGGCAAACAAGCUGUAAACACUGUUUUAGAAAUGGCAAUUCCACUUUUCUACAGAAGGCUGAACUCACUGAAAGUGCGUAUAGGUAAGGAACGUAAUCAAUCGUUAAAGAGCAAAGGACAACGAUUUGUGAAGGAUCUGAAACUAGUUGAAUGGGGCUCUCGUGGAUUAUUCCCAGAAUAUUUGGAAAUGGUCCUACAGUAUGGGUUCGUAACAAUAUUUGUUGCUGCAUUUCCGUUAGCGCCUGUGUUCGCGUUAUUAAAUAAUAUUCUGGAAAUGCGACUCGACGCCAAAAAACUUCUUACUUUCUACCGAAGACCAGUAUCUCAACGAGUAAGAGACAUAGGAAUCUGGUAUCGCAUUCUAGAUAGCAUAGGAAAAUUGAGUGUCAUAACCAAUGGUUUUAUUAUAGCAUUCACGUCAGAUUUUAUUCCAAAGCUGAUUUAUCGCUUAACUGUUUCUAGUGACGGUUCACUAAACGGAUAUUUAAACUAUUCAUUAGCCUAUUUUAACACAAGUGAUUUUCAGAAAGGAAGCGAACCGUUUCAAUCGCAAUACAAUGUAAAAAUUUGUCGUUAUCCAGAUUUUCGCGAACCUCCUUGGUCUCAGAAGCCGUAUGAAAAAGCUACCAUGUACUGGCUUAUUAUGGCUGCUCGUUUGAUGUUCGUCGUUAUAUUUGAGAAUUUAGUGGCAAUUGUAAUGAUAUUGGUACGUUGGUGUAUACCUGAUAUGUCCCAGGAACUUCGUGAUCAAAUCCGACGCGAAGCUUACAUCACAAACGAGAUUAUUAUAAAGCAAGAAACUCUACGUGCCAGAUUAAACAGGCAUAGUGAAUCUAUACCAGAGGAUUCCAGUAACAUGCGUUUACGGAAACCAAAUGUAACAGGAACGGAAUCGUUUGUGCAUCUUGAGCAACUUAUGUCAUCCAAUCUAUCUGGCUCUCAAUUGGAUCUUUUUAUACACAAUGAACGAAACACUGCGCUGCGAGAUAUAGUCGAGGAACAAACUAGAAUAGCAAAUUCAAAUUAAAAUAUCAAUGCACUUCGUCAACCUUA